UGGUUCCUUUCUUCCUCCCCGGUCCUCCGUCAACUACCAUUCCACCAUUGCAGGCCAAAAACCGAUGAUGACUCUCAGUCGCAUCGUCAUCGAAGUCUUUGCUGAGGAGGAGGAGUUCGAAAUUCGGUAGCAGCUUCUGAACUCCGCGCCAAGGAACGAACGAUUUGCUCGAGUCUAGAGAGAGAGGGAGGCAUGACGGGGGUUUCAAUCUCGCUCGCUGCUCAGAAUCCCUCCUGGUUCUCGCCGAAAAUAUUGCUUACUGUGUUUUGCAUAGUUAACUUGCUAACCUACAUUGACCGUGGAACCAUAGCAAGCAACGGUGUAAAUGGAAGCAGUGGAACAUGCACGGAAAGUGGUGCAUGCACUUCCGGUAGUGGAAUACAGGGUGACUUCAAGUUAAGUAAUUUUGAAGAUGGAGUUCUAUCAUCUGCAUUCAUGGUUGGACUUCUCAUUUCUUCUCCUGUAUUUGCAUCAUUAGCAAAGAGCAUUAACCCAUUUAGGCUCAUUGGGUUCGGACUUUCAGUUUGGACUUUUGCAGUGAUUGGUUGCGGCUUCUCAUUUGAUUUUUGGUCUAUCACAAUCUGCCGCAUGCUUGUUGGUGUUGGCGAAGCUUCAUUCAUCAGUCUUGCUGCCCCUUUCAUUGAUGAUAAUGCCCCGGCUGCUCAGAAAUCGGCUUGGUUAGCGAUAUUUUACAUGUGCAUACCAACUGGCUAUGCAAUUGGAUAUGUUUACGGUGGUCUAGUUGGUAGUAAUUUUAAUUGGCGUUAUGCAUUCUGGGGGGAAGCAAUUCUGAUGCUUCCAUUCGCCAUCCUUGGUUUUGUCAUGAAACCUUUGCAAUUGAAAGGCUUUGCUCCUAUUCAAUCAGAAAAAGCACCGUCAGACUUAGAGACGCCUUCCCAUGAAACUCAAGAUGUAGAGGUCACAGAUGGCAAGAUACCCAUGAAGGAUGAGUGCACUGGCAAAUGCUCAAGUAUAUCAUCUAGGUUGAUUGGCUCCAACUAUUGGGAGCAUUUGUCAAGAUUCGCUAAAGAUACUAGAGUUCUAUUGAGCAAUAGAGUAUAUGUUGUGAAUAAUUUAGGUUCCAUAGCAUACAACUUUGUCCUUGGUGCAUACUCAUAUUGGGGACCCAAGGCUGGUUACAAUAUUUACCAUAUGACUGAUGCAGACCUGAUAUUUGGAGGGAUGACAAUUUUCUGUGGAAUAGUAGGAACUCUUGCAGGAGGUUAUAUUCUUGACUUUGUCUCUUCCACAAUCACAAAUGCAUUCAAGAUUCUUUCAGUAGCAACAUUCCUUGGGGCAAUAUUUUGCUUUUCUGCCUUUUGCUUCAAGAGCAUGUACCCUUUUCUGGCUCUUUUUGCUGUUGGUGAGCUACUGGUGUUUGCUACGCAGGCACCCGUAAAUUAUAUAAAUCUUCAGUGUGUUAAACCAAGUAUGAGACCAUUAUCUAUGGCAAUUGCAACUGUUGCACUUCACGUCUUUGGAGAUGUGCCAUCGUCGCCCCUAGUUGGUGUCCUCCAGGACUACGUCGAUAAUUGGAGGGAGACUGCACUCAUUCUGACGGCAAUCUUGUUUCCUGCAGCUGCCUUUUGGUUCAUUGGAACUUUUCUGCCCAUGGUCGAUAGAGUCGACGAGGAAACCGAGUCUGAUGUUCCUGCGACCCAUGAGUCGAGCACAACGCCGUUGCUUGAAGAGAAGACUACAGAAACGACGGAAUCUACUACAUGACCGCGAAACAUGCCGCUUCUUUCCACUAGAACCGAGGUCACUGACUAUACUCUUCCUUCCUGUGCAUAACAGUACACCAUCCGUUUUUGGUUGUCCUACUUAGGUUUGGCUGUGGAAACUCUUUAUUGAUGGUCCAUUGAUGGAUGCAAGUAAUCCAUGCUUGUAACAAAAGAA